GUAACAUAAAACGUUCGUUUUUUUGGCAGAGACCUCCUGCCAAAAUUCAGUCAGUUAGCAGACCAAUAAGCUAAAUCACAGAGUGUACAAUAAGAUUGAGAGCUGUGUGUACUUAAACACUUGGAAGAAGGCUGAACUGCUUGCUACUUUCUGACAGAACAUUGUUAGUACUGUAUUGAAGUUGCCUCCCAGUCACCUCUCACCUUCGCCCUGCCCUCCAAACAAACAUUUGAAGGGGCACUGUGGCUGACCAUCCCUAUGAGUGUGUUACUGCUCUGCUUUUCACAUUUUCUACCUUCUGGGAGGCCUGUCAACAAUUAUUUCCCUGAUAAGGAAUAUUGUACACAACUUGCGUAUUUGCCAUGGAACCUCUGUGUCUUGCAGAGGGUUUUGGGAGUUAUCUUAGGGUUCACAUAUAAGAGCUGGGCUUAUGGGCUCGCACAAACUGAGAAUAUGCCCUAGAAUGCUCCCAAUAUGCACUUUAUUGCACAUUGCAAGUGGUUGAAACGGGGAGGGGAGCUUACUUGCAGAAAAGCUUGACAACCAUUAUUGAUUUUCAGAUUGAGGAGGCUCUGGUAAACUUCCAAGGAAUUCCAGGGCUCCUUGGUACAUUGGCUGCAAAUCUACUCUUUUGCUUCAUUCUGAAAGAUUGGGGCAUUUUUGCUUAUGCUAGUGAUUUAACAAUACACUGUUAAUCAUACACUUUGACACGUUAAUAUUUAUUGAUUUUGUAAUGGAGUGAGCAAAGAACAUUAAUGUAAAUCUUCUUUUUUUAUUAUAACCUUAAAGGGGGAAUUAAAAUGCAAUGUCCCCUUGUGCAGAGAAGGCAGGGAUCCUGGCCUGUGUAAGCAGGAGUCAGGGAAAGUGAGCACCUGUGGGGUUUUAAUACUUCUUUAACUGAUAGGCUUUCUGCCUUCUGGGGUCUAAAGUUUGCAUUUAUGUGAGACGUUCAGGAAUGGAACAAGCUGCCUGGGGAGAGUAAAGAACCCUCGUUCUUACUCCUCCAGGCUGUUUUGAAGUUUCUGCGUGAAAAGGAGCUGCAAGUUGCACUUUAAACUAUAAACAGAAAAGAUCCUUCACACUCCUGAAAAUGGCAGACCUUCAGAAUUGUGACUUUUGCUCUCUUAAUCCACUUGAACUGUUUGAACAAGUGACUGCACAAGGAGAAAAAGUCAGAUCGCUAAAAGCUGAGAAAGCACCAAAGGAUGAAAUUGAUACAGCAGUUAAGUUGUUACUGUCAUUAAAACUGAGCUAUAAAACAGCAACGGGUGAGGAAUAUAAAGCAGGUUCCCCUCCAACAGACUUCACUCCAGUCAGUAAUGGUCCAGGAGACGCAGAAGAUAAUGAUUUUGUAGACCCUUGGACAGUACAGACAUCCAAUGCAAAAGGAGUGGAUUAUGAUAAACUUAUAGUUCGAUUUGGCAGCAGCAAAAUUGAUAAAGACCUCAUCAACCGGAUAGAAAGAGUUACUGGGCAUAAACCACACCACUUCCUACGCAGAGGAAUCUUCUUUUCUCAUAGAGAUAUGAACCAAAUUCUUGAUGCCUAUGAAAAUAAGAAGCCAUUCUACCUAUACACAGGCAGAGGCCCCUCAGCGGUGGCAAUGCAUGUUGGUCACCUUAUCCCAUUUACUUUCACAAAGUGGUUACAGGAAGUAUUUGAUGUUCCCCUAGUCAUACAGAUAACUGAUGAUGAGAAGUACCUGUGGAAGGAUCUGACCAUUGAGAAGGCUUAUCAGUGUGCUAUAGAAAACAUCAAGGACAUUAUAGCCUGUGGAUUUGACAUAAAUAAAACCUUCAUCUUUUCUGAUCUGGAUUAUUUGGGGACGAGCCCAGGAUUCUAUAGGAACAUUGUUAAAAUCCAAAAGCAUGUGACAUUCAACCAAGUGAAAGGAAUCUUCGGUUUUACAGACAGUGACUGCAUAGGGAAAAUCAGUUUUCCUGCUAUUCAAGCAGCUCCAUCCUUCAGCUCAUCAUUUCCACAGAUCUUCAACAACAAGGCCAACAUUCCAUGUCUGAUCCCAUGCGCAAUUGACCAGGAUCCCUACUUCAGAAUGACGAGAGACGUGGCCCCUCGGAUCGGCUUUUGCAAGCCAGCGUUGCUGCAUUCUGUCUUCUUUCCAGCCUUGCAAGGUGCGCAAACGAAAAUGAGCUCUAGUGACCCCAACUCCUCUAUUUUUCUCACCGACACACCCAAGCAAAUAAAAACAAAGAUCAAUAAACAUGCCUUCUCUGGUGGCAAAGACACAGUGGAAGAGCACCGGAAAUAUGGGGGUAACUGUGAUGUGGAUGUGUCUUACAUGUACCUCACCUUCUUCCUCGAAGAUGAUGACAAAUUAGAACAAAUCAAGCAGGCCUAUACAAGUGGAGCACUACUGACAGGAGAACUCAAGAAGGUGUUGAUUGAAACCCUGCAGCCCUUGAUUGCUGCUCACCAGCAAAGGCGAAAGCAGAUCACUGAUGAAAUGGUGAAGGAAUUUAUGACUCCGCGGAAGCUGGCGUUUGAUUACUAAUUACAGAAGUGCAUGUUGAUUUAUCAGUACACACAUAGAGCCCACUUGAUUGGUGUUGCCCUAGCCUCUCGUCUGCCGCCUCUCCCUAACAACGUACCUCUCUGCUUCUAGCAAGUUGCUUUCAAAGUUGCCCUCCGUUCUCACCAGUGACUUUGGGAAUAUGUAGUUGUGUUUGGAAAAACCAGGCAUUGGCCUAGGACUUCAUUUGACUAAUUACGGGUUAGCAAGAUAACCCAAUCACCUGGAAAAGAGAUGCUUUGUCAACAAGAGGACCCUAUUUCAUGGAACGCAAUAUUAAGAAAAACACUGAUUAAAAAGGUAGUGCAAUGCGAGAUUCUGCUACCGUGGGAGCUGUGUUAGGCUUGUUUUUACAUCUAGUAGCAGUGCCUGUUUCAAAGAUAAACUAAACUCUUCCAUCCAGAA